AAAAUUUCGACAUUUUAAUAUUUCGGAGAAGUAGAUCAUCACUCGUUCGGUUCUCAGGAGUUUCAUUUUGUGUGAUAAGACUUACAAAAAAAAUCUAUUAAAUAACCAUAGCUUUUACAAAAAUGUCGUUCUCAAUACGAUUAGCUCAGAGAUAUUUCUCAAGCAGUCGCAAAUUCAAUGAUGUAGUCAUUGUUUCUGCCACACGAACACCAAUUGGAUCUUUCCAGUCAACAUUAUCUGGUUUAUCAGCUAGUCAACUGGGUGGAAUAGCUAUUGAUUCCGCAAUUAAACAAGCUGGGAUUGACAAAAAUGAUAUCGAUGAAGUUGUUAUGGGAAAUGUUGUAUCUGCUGGAAUGGGUCAAGCCCCAGCUCGUCAAGCAGCUAUUUUCGGUGGAUUACCAACAAAAGUAUGUUGUACAACAAUCAACAAAGUUUGCAGCAGUGGAAUGAAGUCUAUUAGUAUUGCAGCUCAAACUCUGAUGCUUGGUCAAGGCCAAGAAAUUAUCGUCGCUGGUGGUAUGGAAUCGAUGUCAAAUGUUCCUUAUUAUUUGAAGAGAGUACCUCUGCCCUACGGAGGUGUCAAUUUAAUUGAUGGCAUUGUGCAUGACGGUCUAUUUGAUCCAUAUAAUAAGGUCCAUAUGGGAAAUUGUGCAGAAAAUACAGCAAAGAAACUUAACAUUAGUAGGCAGCAACAAGAUGAGUUUGGUAUUACAAGUUAUAAAAGAUCUGCUGAAGCAUGGAAAAAUAAGAUUUUUGAUGCAGAAAUUACACCGGUGUCAAUUCCACAAAAGAAAGGAAAACCUGACAUUGUCAUAUCAGAAGACGAAGAGUACAAACGUGUGAAUUUUGAUAAAUUUGGCUCAUUAAGUACAGUUUUUCAAAAAGAAAAUGGAACUGUAACUGCCGGAAAUGCAUCAACUUUAAAUGAUGCUGGAUGUGCAAUGGUUCUAAUGACAGCAGAAGCGGCUGAAAAACAUAAAUGCAAACCUAUUGCAAGAAUUGUUGGAUUUGCAGACGCAGAAACUGACCCCAUUGAUUUUCCUAUUGCUCCAGCACUAGCAAUUCCAAAGUUAUUAAAACUAACAGGAAUCCGUAAAGAAGAUGUCGCAUUAUGGGAAGUUAAUGAAGCAUUUAGUCUUGUCGUUUUAGCAAACAUGAAACUUUUGGAAGUAGACAUUAAAAACGUAAAUGUUAAUGGAGGUGCAGUUAGUUUGGGACAUCCAAUCGGAAUGAGUGGAGCUAGAAUUGUUGCUCACUUAGCUCAUAAUUUGAAAAAAGGCGAAUUUGGAUGUGCUUCAAUUUGUAAUGGUGGUGGUGGUUCGACGAGUAUUAUGAUUGAAAAAUUAGAUGAUUCUUCUAGCACUAAAGUUCCUACAAUAACGCUUUAUACCCAUGACCACUGCUCACUUUGUGACGAUUUAAUUGAGGAAUUGGAAGUAAAAUUUUGUGGGCGAUACACAUUGGAGAAGAUUGACAUAACAAAGAAAGAAAAUCUAAAGUUUUUAAGACUUUAUCGACUUGACAUUCCUGUUUGCUUUUUAAAUGGUCAGUUCCUUUGCAUGCACACACUAAACGCUGACUUGCUGGAAAGAAGGCUUAGUAAGAUCGAAAAUUGUUUUCAUUGAAAUAAAUUAAUUCUCUUUUUAUUAAUCUUAAAUCCAUUUUUACACUGUUUUAUGGACAUUUCACUUUUACUUGACUUUCAUGUUCUGUUACAGUUCUUUGCUUAUCUAUUUGAGGAACUGUUUGUACUUGUUUCUUCGUACACAUGUAGUUUCGUAUCAAUCAUCUUGAAUCUCUUUUGUCCAGGCUCAAUAAUUUAUUUUUGUUUUUCUAAAAAUUUGAAAAUCCACAGAAAUAACACUUUUCAUUGUUAAUCAUGCUUAUGACUUCUUAAAUUAAAUAAAAAAUAUAUUUAUAAUAUUAAUAUAAUUAACACAUUUCAACUAUUGGAUAUGUACUGAAACAGCUAAAUGGACUUUCAAAUUUCUUGUUCUAUUACAAUCAGAGUCAUGUUUAAUUAUUUGUGGCCAAAAAAAUCAUUCCUUUUUUUAAAGAAGGAAUAAAAAAUUCAGCAGGUUUCGAAUUAAUUCAACAAUCAACUCCAAAUAUAAUAUUUAAAUACAGUUAAAGAGAAAGAAAAAAACAAAAAAUACAUUUAGAACGUAAGCAUUUCCUUAAUUUUUUCUUGUUUCUCUUCUCCAAAAGACAACAGCAAGAUGAGAAAACGAAGUUUUUUAAAAUUUGUUGCUUUAAAAUUUCAUUCAUGAAUGAACAACAUUAUAUUUCUGUUUAUUGCUACAUGAUUUUCUCAUUUUCAUCGUUAUUAUUUUUCUUAUAUAUUUAGAUUUCCCAUUGAAUAUGCUCACGUGGUGUAUGUUUAUUAUUUUUUUUUUAAUAAUAUAAUUAAAUUGGAAAUCAUUCGCAUUCUUAAUAAAUCUAAAUCUUCUCUCUCAAUAUAUACAGUAAUUAGUUAUUUUGAAUGAAUGAUAAAAGGAGAUAUAAGUGGAUUUUCUAUUUUUUGUAUUCCUUAAAAGAGACUUGAUUAUAAAAUCAUUCAGUACGUAUUAACUAAUUCUUUAAAGUAAACAUUAUUUUUGUUAUUUAUUAAUAUUUUUUUUCAUCUUAUCAUAAAUUCAUCAUUCGUUUUCAAUUUUAAAUCAGGCAUGAAUGGUAUAGUGAAGAACAUAAAAGUCAUUAUUUCUUGAUGUCCGUUUUCUAUUAGAAUUUAAUCUGAACAUUUUGGCAAAGAUUUUACUUUUUUUUAAAAAUGUGUUUGCUGAUUAUCCAGCAAGAGUUUAUUUAUUUUUGUGAAAAUCCAUUAGGCAAGUAAAAUAAUAAACAGCAACAAUUUCACUUCCAUUUGAUUGCACUACAUUGUUGGAUAUUAGAUAUAAAUGUUUGUCUCUCUUAAAAGGGAUGAAAAACCAGUCUGUUGAAAUAUUCAAUGAAUAAUGUUGAAUCAAUUUUCGUUUACAUUAUACGAAAUUUAAUCUUAUUUUGUUCUUUGAGGGCACUUACAUAUCGAAGUGCUACUAAGUGUAUCAUAUUGUUUACAUGCUAUUCUCGUUCCAUGUCUCUUUCUCUUUUUAAAAUGUGGUCAAAGCAUCAUCAGCUACCUCAAAUGUAUGUCAUUUUCAUUCCUAAACUCUUUGGUUUUAUGCACAUCAUGUUUUUUUUUAACAGAAGUAAUGCAGAUAAAUCUUCAAAACAAAACUAUCCUUACACAAUUUUGUAGUUUUUUUUUUGAUCAAAUCAAGAGGUUAAAAUUUCUAUACCCAUCUUUAAUGAUGGAUGAAAAGAAAAUAAAUUGUCAGAAAAUUACACAAUGGUAGAACUGCUGUGCGGAACUGUCGGACUACUCGUUGCUAAAUAUGAUGAAUGCUAAAAAGCAUGAAAAUUAUGUUACUAUUAAUAAACUUUGAAAUAAAUUGAUUUAAGAUAGAAGUCAUGAAUGCUUACCGGUCUCGCCCAAGUAUACACAAAACCAUCCUGACAUGCAGUAAGAAAGCAAUCCUCACGAAAAAUGAGUGCUGUAAGUCGUUCAUGAGCAAUUUUCUUACAAACUAAAGGCUCUAACACUGGACAUUCGUCAAAACGUGGACAAGCUGGAGUUCCAAUUAAUUUCAUCGCAUCAUAUGUUGUAGUUAUACUUCCAUUACUUUUAUUUCUUAAUGUUGAUGUUGCACUAUUACCAUCACAAUUUUGACUGCUAUUUCCUUUCUGAUCAACAGAAGUACCACUUCCUUUGCCGACUAAUGUAAAAUUUUUCUUACUUCCUUUAGAGCUUUUAUCACUUCCAAAACUAAAAUUUGUAAAUCUCUGUGUCAGCGUAUUGAAUGUCGAAUGAUUAUUUGUUUUUUCAUCAUUUAAUGAGACUUUUGUGGCACUUAAAUUAGUAUUGGAAUUAUUGCCAACCGAAAUUAAUGAUGCUUUGCCCUUCUUUGUGCUACUACUGCUUCCAUUAUUACAAUUAUCGUUUGUAAUAUUAUCACUUGCCACACUACUUCCACUCACACAAUUUAUUAAUUUACUAUUUGAUGAAUUCAUAGUUUUAAUGUGCGAAUUACUUAUGCUACUAUCAAUUGUGUCCUUAAUAAUUAAUGAUGUUGACGAACGAUCACCAUUUCCGCUAUUAUUUGCCGAACAAUCACCAUUAAUUUGAACUGAUUCAGUUUUAUUAUUACAUUGAGUUGAACUAUUAAGAAUAUUACUAUUAUGUUGCGGCUGUUGCUGUUGUGUUGGAUCAAGUGUACUUAAUCGAACCCGAUGAUGUGGUCUUAAAAUAUCCUCUGUUAUGUCCCACAAACACAAUUGUGUAUCUUGACUAACUGAGCCUAAACGAUAACAUAUCAAUUUUUCUGGUGCUAAUGUGCUAUCCCUUAUAGACGCAGAUCUAUGUCUCUUGUUAUUGUUUAAAUUACUACUUGUCGACAUUUCAUAUUGAUUCUCAUCGUCCGAAAAAUCAUUCUGAUCCCAUGUCGUUAAAGUUGUAUACGGAUCAAAUGCAACGACUGAGACCCAUGAACGAUGUCCUUGACAUCUGGCAACAACUCGCCUUUCAUUAAAUGAAUAAACUGUCACUAAAUCAUCUUCUCCGCCGACCACAAUAUAUUUACUAUCUGGGCUCCAACAAACACAUAAAAAUCCACCAAAAUAUGACCGUGCGAUACCUACAAGUUCCAUUGUUUCAUAAAGGAAGACACGCAAAAAUCCAUCUUGUGAUGCUAUGGCUAAAUUUGUGCCACAUGGUGAAAAGCAAAAUUCAUUAAUGCUACUAUUAUCACUGGCACAAGAAUAUGAACUCGAAUUGCUGCUUAUUGUAGACGACGAACUCGACGAUGACGAUGAAUUUACACUACUUCCAUUUGUUGCACAGUUCAGUCCAAAAGCCCAUUUAAAAAGUGGAUUUCUUGUUGAUUUUGAUUUACAUGUGACUACCGUAUAUCCGUCACCACAUUUAAAUGGCUGAUAUACUGGUAUUGUCGGCGAGCAAGGCAAUUCCUCAUUAUACAGAUACAAAUGACCUGAUGAAUGCGCAGCAAGAAAAAGAUUCGGUGAAUUUGGUAGCCAUUUUAAACAUGUCACUUUUGUUUUAUCAAUUAAUCUCUAUAAAAUUUUAAAGUAAUCAGUAUUAUAUCAAAAUGUUUUGACUAAAAUGAGUAGGAUAUUGUACCUCUUCAUUGAAAAGCUUUCCUUGCUCUUUCCGUCCGGGAUAUAUUAACUGAAUUUGACCAGUUGUGAAUCCAACUAAGAGAGGAGCACCUUCAUUCGUAGAUGUUGUCUGAUUAAAAUCGUGACAGCUUGGAUUAGUUCCUUUAUAAAGUUUCUUAUCUAUUGGU